GCUUUCCGUAGCUGAUUUUUUUUUUCAAUCGUCUCGGGUCGACAACUGUUUUUUUAGAUGGCAAAACUUGGGAUUUUCGGAUUUGUACAUAUUAUUUACAACGACUACUGGUGAUACUAGACAUUAUCACAAGUUACUUCUGAAGAAACAGUUGUACAGCUGUUAGCUUUGGUUGGAGACUUUCAUUUAUCAUUACGACAAGCGAAGAAGCUUUUCUCCGCUGUUUGUUGUUGCUAGUGCGCACUACCUAACGACGUUAGCUAGUAGCACAUCAUCAUUAGCUAGCCUGCCAACUAUCCAUCUACAUUUCAAAACUGUUCUUUGUUUUUGUCUUUCGUGGCGCGUUGCAUUUGCAUCAGUGAUGAUAAAAAAUACGAUACAAUCCGCAGGACUUCUGGUUUUGUUGUGGUUGUUAUUUGGGGACUUUGUCUUUGUUCUGGGUUGGUUUCACAACAGAGUCAAAACGUACAACAACCAAUAUUCUUCCAAAGAAGAUGCUCCUGACAGUCAAGACCAAAGCUGUUUUUGUCACUUGACAGGCGUCUUGGAUGACUGCUUCUGUGACAUUGAGAGCAUCGAUGUCUUCAACAACUUCAAGAUCUACCCCCGCAUUCAGAAGCUGACCGAGAGAGACUACUUCAGGUACUACAGGGUCAACCUGAAUAGGCCCUGUCCCUUCUGGGCUGACGAUGGCCACUGCUCCAUCAAGGACUGCCAAGUGGAGCCCUGCCCAGAGAGCAAGAUUCCAGUGGGAAUUAAGUCUGGAAACUACAAUAGGUACUCCCAGGUGGCCAACGCCAACACAGACAUAGUAGAUUGUGAACAAGCCCAAGACCUGGGGGCCAUUAACAGCACUCUGAGUAACUAUAGUAAAGAGGCCUUUGAGGACUGGGCCCGGCAUGAUGACGCACAGGACCACUUCUGUGAGCUAGAUGAUGAGACGUCACCAGAUGCAGACUAUGUGGACCUGCUCCUAAACCCAGAGCGCUACACUGGCUAUAAGGGCCCCUCAGCCUGGAGAGUGUGGAACAGCAUUUACGAGGAAAACUGCUUCAAGCCCAGAUCAGUGUACCGGCCCCUUAACCCACUGGUUCCACCCAGAGGAGGAGAUGAUGACGGCGAAGGCUUCUACAACUGGCUGGAAGGUCUGUGUUUGGAGAAGAGGGUGUUCUACCGGCUCAUCUCUGGUCUCCACAGCAGCAUAAACAUCCACCUGUGUGCAGAGUACCUAUUGGACGAGGGCUGGGGCAAGUCCCUGUGGGGCCCCAAUGUGCAGGAGUUCCGCCAGCGCUUCGACCCGGCCGAGACCAAGGGUGAGGGUACGCGGCGCCUCAAGAACCUCUACUUUCUCUACCUGAUCGAGCUACGUGCCCUCUCCAAGGUGGCGCCCUACUUUGAUCGAGCCUUCGUCAACCUGUACACGGGUGACCGUCAAGAGGACCGAGCCACCAAAGAGUUACUGUUGCAGUUCUUCAACGAGACCAAAGCUUUCCCAAUGCACUUUGACGAGAAGUCCAUGUUUGCUGGGCAGAAGAUUGAAGCAAAAACGUUGAAGGAGGAAUUCCGGCUACAUUUUAAAAACAUUUCCCGGAUCAUGGACUGUGUGGGCUGCAGUAAAUGUCGACUGUGGGGGAAGCUACAGACCCAAGGGCUGGGCACAGCGUUGAAGAUCCUUUUCUCUGAGAAGGAGAUCAAGAAUCUACCGGAACACAGCCCCUCUAAGGGCUUCCAGCUGACACGGCAGGAGAUAGUGGCCUUGCUCAACGGCUUUGGGAGGCUCUCCACAAGCAUCCACCAGCUCCAUGCUUUCCGUGCCUUGCUGAAGAAGAAGAGGUAACACCCUUCAACAGCACUACCACCUCCUAGCCACCAGGUGGAGCCAGCCCUGAAAGAACUGCAAUAGUCUUAUUCCUUUCCAGAAUAAGACCAAGUUCAGGGACUUCAGGAUACACUGAACCCCCAUCCCCUCCUCCCUCCUUCCUUCCUUCCUUCUUCCUCUAUGUAUAAGUCUCCUUCUCUCCCCUUCCUUCUAAAUCUAGGUCUCUUUCCAUAGAGCGUAGCGCUCAAUGUGAGAUCUGUACCUCAUUUCGUUGUUUUUAAAUGUUUGUCUUUACUUUUGAGGGUGAAAGUGUUCACCAUUUCAGGCAUACUAGUUGUGAGCUAGACCCACGUGUGUGUGUGUGUGUGUGUGUGUGUGUGUGUGUGUACUUGUUUGUCGUUGAUCGCCAGUUGCAGCUAAAGGAUAACGAGGAUUCAUUCCAUACUUUUACGACCACAAACUUGAUAAGCAUACUGCUUUUUGCAAUCCUAGAGGUGUAACCUUUUUUCUGUGUGAGUGAGUGCAUGUAUUGAACGAAUGUCUAUGUGAGCAACUGUCUGCUUUUGUCUGUGCAUUUAAUUGUGCUGUUUAGGAGUGUUUUUAACAUCUCCACGUGGUAAUCCAGUCUUUCUGCGCAUCACAAAUGUAUUAUAUAAAGCCUCAUUUAAAUGUGAAAAGACACAAUCCGCAAAUUGUUCAUCUGUUGACAACGAUAAGCUUGCGUUACUUCUCUCAUACCUAUUCUAUUUGGUGGCAGAACGGUUCAUGGUGUUAUAUUCUUAUCCUAUUAUUUUGUUGGUUUUAUGAAAGACGAGACUUGCCAGGGUGACGGCAAUCCCAAAUGUGUAAGAGGUGUUUUCAUGGCAAUGAAAAAGCGAAACCAGUGUUUUGUUUCAUAGUUCACUUAAAUAAGCUAUCAUCCUGUGAAACUGCCAUGUUGGAGAAGAGUACUGUUAAAGUAUAAUGGAGAAUGCAGCCAAUGGUGUGGGGGGAAAAAAGCAACUCGAAACAAGCAGUGGGAUUUGUUCCCCCAUGAUGGUCAAGUUCACUGGGGUGUCUUGGUGAGCUUGCCAUGUAAAUCAAUUCAAAAUGGAUACGUGUAAAUCAAUUCAAAAUGGAUACGUGUAAAUCAAUUCAAAAUGGAUACGUGUAAAUCAAUUCAAAAUGGAUACGUGUAAAUCAAUUCAAAAUGGAUACGUGUAAUGGCAUUUAACGUCACACAACCUUUUUGUACUGUCAUACCCUUUAAGGCUUGGACGAUACCAGUAUCGCGAUAUUCGUUAGUAUCGUACCAAGGAAACAAAACACAAAGCGGAUUUAACUUCUUUAGGGAAACAGCCCUAACGUUCCACACACUAUACAUGUUUUAUUUCUGUCUGAAGUAGGUAUUUUACCAUGUGGACCAAAGAUUUUACGUUGCCUUCUUUCUUUUCUAUCAUGUCAAAGCACAUUUGGAGUUUUUCCGCCAUAUACGUUUUUAGUUUGUGCAUCAUCACCCCCUUGAGUAACAUUGGUUAGAAAAUGUCGCAAGCGAAGAUUGCCUUAUGUGCAAAGAUCAAACAAUCGGUAGCCAUACAAUACAUGUGUAAUACUUUGUAACACAUGUUUUGUAAAAGAAAGAUCUCUAUCCAAUCAAACAAAGGUAGACAUGGGGUCCAGUAAGUAGGAAUUGAGUCAGUGGUAGCUGCCGGAUGCUUAUGCUAACAUAAAUAGCAACGCUAAUGUCACCUUGAAUGUGAACGCUAUGGAGAUUGAACAAGCUGUUCCUUCUUUGCUUAAAAUUAAGGAAAUAGACAAGAUAAAAUAUUAUCUUAGAGGAAAAGCGUGUGUGUGUUUGUCUGUCUGAGCCUCGCAUGCUUUCAAAAACACCAGAACGUCCUGUGCAAUCCACUUGUCUGCCUUAAGUUCCAAAAAAGUGUUUUAAAAAAAGCUUGAGCCUGCUUUCUUGGAUGAAAUCCACCAUUUUGUCUCCAAUGAUCUCUACGCUCUUCUGCUAGCUCUGCCUUUGUAACAUUCAGAUUCCCCAGAAAGUUGUACUAUUUGUAAAAGGAAAAUUACUGAACUUUUUUCAAAUCAAUAUGAAUAUAUAUAUAGUUGCACCUGUAUUGAUGUGUUCUUAUUUGAUUAUAUUUAUUUGAACAGAGGAAUAAAUAUUUCUGGUUGUCAUUCAAAA